AAAAAAAACCCUUAUUCUUUAAAUAAUAAUAAUAAUAAUACUUAAUCAUUAUAAUGGAAGUUCAAACGGUCGAAAAGAAACCCAAUACCGGAAAACAAACAGUGACGGCGACUGAAGAGACGUCUUCAGUGGCUGAACGCACCAAAGAGGUGACCAAAGACACAGCCAACUCGCAUUUGGAGCAGAAAGCCAAGAGCGUGCAGUCAGAGGAAUCGACCAAGUCGGUGUCCGAAACCGUGGAGAAGCUGGCUAACGGUGGCGUAAAGAAGAAGACGGUCAUGUCAUCGUCGCAACAGUUCUCGUCCGAGGAAUCGUUCGAGGAGAGCUGGUCGUCCACCGGGCCUGCCAUCACCACUACCGUGACCAAGCAAAUCGAACAAUAAUACGUCUUAUUAUGUUUCGUUAUCACGUGUUUUUUUAACAAUAUUUCACGACGAUGAUUUAACGGUUCGAUACCGCGUGUGACGAUGUAAUAUUAUAAUAAUAUAUUGUGUCUAUAAUAAUAAUAUGUGGUAAUGAUAAAUAGAUCGCGCGGAUAAAAGUGACGAUCAAUAAUAUUAUAUUAAUUCAUCAUUAUUGUUCUUAUUAUAAUAUAAUAUUAUAUUAUACUCGCUCGGUGUACUGCUUGUCGUUGUAUAGCUAACCAUCCGUUUAUAAUAUUGUUAAUGUAAUAAUAUGUAUUUUUUUUUCCGUUUGUUUUCAACACACACACACACAAUAACUUUAACCGGACGUCAUACAAUAUAUUAUGUUAUUUUCUUAUAAUAUAUAAGUACAGAUAUUUA